AACCUCCGUUCCUCCCUCCCCUCUUCCAAUCAUCACCAACAAAAACAAUCGAACGAUAUUGAAGCGGUUCGCUUUUUAGCAGUUAACAUCACGACUUUUUUUUUCAAUAACGCCUUUGCUCCUCACACAAGAAGAGUCAGAAUUCUGUUUUAAAAAAAGCUCAAGAUGUCUACUGAAGCUUCCUACGCCGACAUAGCGGCCAUGGGCCCCAAGCAGACUCCUGAGGAGGCCGCCGCCCCCCAGCCACCCCAGAUCGAGACUUCCACAACCGCCUCGACCUCGUCGCUGGUCGACGUGGACGCGCCGUCCGUCCGCACCGUGCCCUCCGACUUUGCCGAGCAGGAAGUGCAGACGGACACGCAGGCGGAGCGGCUGGAGCGCGAGGCCGAGGCGGCCAAGGCGGCGGCCGAGGAGAAGGCCCGGCGCGCCCGCGACAAGGCCAAGGCCAAGGCCCACCGCGCCGACGACUGGCUCGUCUCGCGCAUCUCGUCCAUGAGCGACGGCGCCGCCUCGGCCCUCGCCGUCGGAAACCUCGCCGCCGUCAUGGGCCUGGGCGCAGUGCUCGGCUACAAGGCAUGGGGUCUGUGGGAGAGGAGGGCCCUCAACGCUAAGGUUGUCGGGUUGGGAGUUGGUUUGGUUGGACUUGUUGGGCUUGGGGAGAGCAUUUUUGCUAGGGCGUGGUACAAGGCCAAGGGCAAGAAGCAAUAAUAUCGUCAGGCUAAAGAAAAAGCCAGGAGAUGCAAAGUCAAACGAAGGGAGCAGAUUGUGGCGCCUCGCGCUCACAAAUCGACUUGUUGUUUAGUCAAGGCUCCAUAAUCCGUUCAAAGUCUCAGCUCAAGUGGAUUCGAUCUGUCAGGGAUGGUGGUAAUAAGGGGGUUUUCCGGCGCAGCUGUUGGAAGUUUCUUGUUUGGCUUCUUGUUACCCAGCUUUACUCUACUCUUAUCAUAAGUUCAUAACUACCUAGUCAUAUUUCCGGUUUCAUUCCAUGGAUGGUUAUGCUAUUUUUCGAAACGAGGUGCAUGAUAGUCGGUUGGAUAUCUUGAUCCGAAGUUUUAAACAUAGAGUGUGUCGAUCAGUG